AUGGAGAAGGAGAAGAUGGAGAAGGAGAAGGAGAAGGAGAAAAUUAAGAUGGAGAAGGAAAAGGAGAAGAAGAAGAAGAUGGAGAAGGAGAAAAUUAAAAUGGAGAAGGAAAAGGAGAAAAUUAAGAUGGAGAAGGAGAAGAACAAGAACAAGAUGGAGAAGGAGAAGGAGAAGAUGGAGAAGAAGAAGGAGAAAAUUAAGAUUGAGAUGAAAGUUAAGAUGGAGAAGGAGAAGAAGGUCCUUUAUUCGUCCUGCAAUGGGGAAAUUUCAGUUUGA